AUGAUUCUGAAUAUAUUCAAAUUAUCUGAACGUUUAGCGUCGUGGCACAAUGCGACUGGCAUCGCACGUAUACAGCUCUCGGCGCCCGGUCACUGCCUGCGCCUUCCUCGCGCCAACUUCGGCACGAAAAGGGUCACGCAAAAGAGAAGGCACAUGCUUAGGCUCAUACACCCCGAGGAGAAGCAUACGAACAAGGAGUUACGUGAUGGGUGGCUCUCAAACGAUGACGCCUUACCGAAGUCGCUGCUCUGCAACUCCGCAAUAAGGAAACUUGUCUACUCAAACACCGUUGAGGCGCAAAAACUCGCCCGCAAGGUGGAUUGGGACGCAUACAAGUGCAACGUUAGGGGCGUGAGGUGGCAUCCGUCAGGAAGCUGGUACGUCCAGUUCAACCGGCGAAACUACGAAAAAAACUUCUUCGUCAAUUGCCACUGUUACUUCAGGGUCGAUGAACACGGGUUCCACGACGCCAAGGAGAAGGCAAUUGCAUAUCGCAAACGGCUAGAGGCUGAGUACGACGAACUGCAGGAGACGUGGCACGAAAUGGACAAAAAACGUAUGGAAGAAAGAGCCAGAAGACACGGUGAUCGCCAAAUGGCGCUCGAGGAGGAGGAGUUUUUGCUUGCGGACUCAACCCCUGGGUGA